CGCUGCCGAAAAAUAGAAACUUCCACCGGUAGGUCACGCCCGCUAUUAACCCCACCCACCUCCUCCCUCCUCCUCCUCUUCGCAUCCCCUCUCUUUCUGUGAGGGGCGGGCGAUGAGGCGAGGCCAGGGGGCGCCGCGGAGCUCACCCACCUCCACCGGGCACCGCGCCGCACGCAUGCUGCCUCUCGGGGAGGAGAGGGGCAGGUGAGGAGGUGCUACCCGCCGCCCUCCGCCUCCGCCACGCCGCGAGCGCGCCCGCGCGGUUAAAUUGCUCUCGCCUUUCUCGCGCGCUCCCUCACUCGGCCACCCCACCAAGGCGGGCGGGCAACGGGAAGAGGAUUGGUCGGAGGGUAAUGGGUUCCGGCCUCAAGUACCGUGCUGGGCUCGCCCUCAUCGUGGCCGUCGUGCUCAUAUGGGUCACCUCCGCGGAGGUCACGCAGGGAAUAUUCACUAAAUACAAGCAACCUUUUGCAAUUACUUACCUGGGGGCCUCCCUUAUGAUCAUCUAUAUACCUCUGUCAUUUCUAAAGGAUUUUAUAUGCAAUUUAUUGAGAAGGUGUUCUUCAAGCAAUAAAGCCUCAAAAGUCACAAACAAAUCUUCUUUUGGUGGUAGUGCUCCUCUGAAGAGUGGUGAUUUCCAGAAGAUGUUGGAAAUGGAAUCGCAAAAAACUAUAGUCAUUAACUAUACUGAGGUGGAUAUUCCUGUAAUAGAAGAAACAAAACCACUUAUCUGUGGAAUCAACCAAUGUGAUAAUGUUUUGAAGGAGCAAGAACUUUCCACUUGGGAUAUUGCAAUGUGCGGAUUGUAUCUUUGUCCCAUAUGGUUUGUGACGGAGUACUUAUCAAAUGCGGCACUUGCAAGAACUAGUGUUGCUAGUACUACUGUACUAUCUUCAACAUCAGGACUCUUCACUCUUUUCAUUGGUGUGCUACUUGGUCAAGAUUCCAUAAAUGCUGCAAAAGUUAUUGCUGUUUUUAUUAGCAUGGCUGGUGUGGUAAUGACAACCAUGGGCCAAACCUGGGCAUCAGAUGAAUCAGAAGUUAGCAAUUCUGGUGGCACACAGAGAACUCUUCUAGGUGACAUGUUUGGUCUUCUGUCAGCUAUGUCAUAUGGUCUAUUCACUGUGCUUCUAAAAAAGUUUGCUGGAGAGGAAGGAGAAAAGGUUGAUAUCCAAAAAUUGUUUGGCUACCUUGGAUUUUUCAGUCUUGUUCUUCUCUGGUGGCUUGUCUGGCCAUUGACCGCACUAGGUAUUGAACCAAAGUUUACAAUGCCCCACUCAGCUAAAGUGGAUGAAGUGGUGUUGGCAAAUGGCCUUAUUGGAAGUGUGCUGUCAGACUAUUUCUGGGCUCUUUCUGUUGUUUGGACUACUCCCUUGGUGGCCACCUUGGGCAUGUCACUCACAAUUCCACUAGCGAUGGUGGCUGAUAUGAUCAUUCAUGGUCGUCAUUAUUCAGCAGUCUAUAUUUUUGGUUCUAUCCAGGUGUUCUCUGGGUUCGUCAUUGCAAACCUUGCGGACCGCUUUUCACGUUUUCUUGGGCUCUAGUGUCACAAAAUCAACCAGGUUUUAUUAGAGUGUACAUCUGUAAGUGAGGAUCGUUAGACAAAUAGUACUGGGCACUUUGCCCCCUUUACACACAGGAAUGGAAAUAUUUUUGUGGAUAGAAAAGAGUGAAAGCUAGCACAUGAAACAAUGCUGUAGCAAGAAGCAACCCUUGCAACUGUAAAUUCUUUUGCUAUGAAGUCCUGCUCAAUGUAUACUACUGUAGCUUUCUACGGUAGUCUUGCUAUGCUGCUUGCAUAUUUUAACUGAAUGCAUGUCUUUGUUUCGUUGAA